GACGAUAAUUCGGAGUUCCUAUUCGUAGUGCUGUGAUGGCUAUCGAUGUUUCUACUUUGGGAGUUUAUCCGUUCACUCCUUCCAUGUUGUCAUCUCGGCUUUUUUUCCCCGUUCCGGUGUGCGCUAGGGAGACGUUGAUCAGCGAGGACAAUGAUCCCAUCAUGAUACACACGGAUGGCUUCUCCAAGUACGAGGCGAGCCCGCAACCGGGAGGCAGGAGGAGACCCCCCGCAGAGAUGCUCCAUCUGCUCUCUGCAGUUAUUGUUUGGCUAGUGACCGGCACCACCAUCUCCAGCCUCAACAAAUGGAUCUUUGCCGUGUACAACUUCAGGUACCCCCUGCUGCUGUCCGCUCUGCACAUGCUGACGGCCAUCGUGGUGGACUACGGCUUGAUCAAACUGCGGGUGAUCCGCCACGCAGGGUUGCUUGAGCAGGACUUGACCCCCGGGGCCAAAUGUAAAGUUUUCCUGCUGAGUCUUACGUUUUGCGCGAGCAUCGCCUUCGGCAACAUGGGUCUGAACUACGUGCAGCUGUCCUUUGCGCAAAUGAUCUAUACCACCACCCCGCUAUUCACUCUGGCCAUCUCCACACUGAUCCUGGGCAAGCAGCAUCACAUCCUCAAGUACACAGCCAUGAUGCCCAUCUGCCUGGGAGCAUCGUUCAGCAUCAUGGGCGAGGUCCAGUACGACCAGACCGGCUGCUUGUUUGUCAUCGCAGCCACCAUGUUCAGGGGUGUCAAGUCCAUCCAACAGAGCAUUCUCCUCCAAGAGGAAAAGAUCAACUCUGUGUUCCUGCUCUACCUGAUGUCCAUCCCCAGCUUCUGCAUCCUGGCCGUGGCGGCCCUGGCACUGGAGAAUUGGGCCCUACUGGAGUGGCCGCUGCACUACGACCAGCGCCUGUGGGUCUUCAUCCUGCUCAGCUGCCUGGGCUCGGUCCUGUACAACCUGGCCAGCAGCUGCGUCAUCACGCUCACGUCGGCCGUCACCCUCCACAUCCUGGGCAACCUGAGCGUGGUGGGCAAUCUUCUGCUGUCCCAGCUGCUCUUCGGCAGCGAGCUGUCCGCCCUGAGCUGCGCUGGCGCUGUGCUCACGCUGUCGGGUAUGCUCAUCUAUCAGAACUCCGAGUUCAUCAUCAGUUACAUGGACACGCGCAAAGCCAAAAUGAAGGAUUCGCAAGGUAAGGACAAAAUAGAAAUGAGAUGUCAUUGGCAAAGAACCGAGCGGGAUAACGAUGACCCGACGGACUGAAAUGCCCAAUUAGUGAAGAGCAGCUGAUUGACCUUUUCAGAUCAUCCUUACUGAUGAUGAUGUGGUAAAGUACAGGAAUCCCCCACAUUUCAGAGGUAUAGUAAGAGGGACUAAGGCCUACCACGUAAUUAAAGAAAGUUCAAAAUGUCUUACUGAUAGUUUUAAACUGACACUGUACUGGUCACAUUUUCUUCAAUCCCAGUACCUUGAUUUUGAAUAUUACCUCCAACUGAGUCUUACCCAUGACCUCAGCACACAUAUAAAUGAGCGGAUUUGAUUUCUUACGUAAAUGAUACAUUUACAUGAUUAUUUAAAAGUAUGAGUCAAAUGUAUGAGUCAGCACAGCUGCUUGUCAUAAAGUAAUUGACGUUUAUUUAUGUUACAUGUUGCAUUUGUAGCUCUUAAAACUUGAUCGUGCAAGAUCUUUCAUCUUGCCCUGACUGUAGGCCGUGUAGACAAAAUGUUUCUACAUCUCAUUCUGUGCCUCUUUAGCAUGCUUCAGAACGAGGGUGGAAAAAUGCCGGUGUUUUUCCUUCCGAUAAUAAUGAACUGAAAAUUACAUAAUUGGCCCUGGUUUGCAAUCACGUGAUCAAAUCAGGACAACUGUAGUUAAAAGAAUAAUUAUGUCACAAAUUACAAUACAAAAACGGUUCAGUGUCACACAUGCUGUAGAUGACUUUCCUUUCCACAAACAACCCAGGCUAAGACAUAUGACUUCGACGUUCUUCCUUGAGACUUGAGUUUUAUGUAGACAGGGCUCGGGUGCCAUUUUGUGCCAGUAGAGCGCACCAAAACUGCAAAUGGUUGUGAUGUAAUAUGUGUAAUUUUACAAUUCAUAACUGCUGAUAGGUUAAAAAAAAAGGUGAAUAUGUGGGGGAUUACUGUGCUCCUACAUCCUUUCCAUUGUGCCAAGCCUUGUGUGGACUUUUUGUUGUUUUUUUUUUUUUUUUUUUCAAUGUAUGUUGAUUAUCUAAUAAUCAACCCUCCUACCUACUCCUUUGUUUGAAUAUCACUCUGACAAGGCCUCCACUCACAUGUGCUGUGUCGCAUGUAAGCACACUUACACUUUUUGAAUAACUGGUUAAGAUUACAUAACAAUGUCACCUAAACAAACCUGCAAACCAGACUUUGACGUUUAAAGCAAGGAGUCUUUAGCGCUGUUCAAAGUGGUACUGUUACACAACUCCUUGGUUCCUAAUUUUAAUCAGGGACCAGGAUUCUGGCAGCUCACCCCCCCCCCCCCCUUGAUUUACUUAUGCCACAGGUAGUGGUAAAUGAAUCCCCACUGAAAGCACCUACCGGUAUUUAAUCAAAAGAAGAAUACAGAGCAGCCUCCAUUUUCAGCCUCCAUAGAAUUGUCCCUCUUUUAUCCUGCUAUCAUAAGUAGAACCGCACAUUCCUUAAAGUAGUGUUUCCCAAGAUGAGUGCAAUGGUAUCAUUUCCCAUCAGCCACUGGUUGGGAAUCACUCCGCUAAAGAGUGUCGCUCAAAAACAAAGGAGAUGGAGCUGCCCUGCAAGCUGCCAUCUUCAAUUCUAGCCAGUGUUACUUUGACUAUGGAAAUCAUUUGGUUUCGGGAUGACAAACCGGACUUCUGCUGGACAGUAACAAUGCUUCUUAACAUGUUUUAUUUACAUUUCAUUGAAUGACAUUUUGCCUCCUCUGUCCUAAUUUAAAAGUUAUUUAUUUUUGAAUGUCCAUAGCAAUCACUGACUUUGAAAUGUUGUCUUGCACAAGCGUUAAUGUUUCUGUUGUUGGACGGAAUGUCAAUUAAUGCUGCUCCUGACGGCAAAGGCCUCAGGAUGAAGUGUGUCUUGUCUGUAUAUCCAGUGGAACCUCGGAGUUCGAACAUAAUUUGCUGACUUGUUCAACCGCUAAAACGUUUUUUUCCAUAGGAAAUCAUGUAAAUGAGUUCAAUCCGUUCCCAACCUUCAAAUAGUAAAUUCCUAUUUUAUUGCCUAUUUAAUGAAAAGAUAUACAACCUGUAUUUAAACAAUAAAUGUAUAAAGUUAAAGCAACUUAAAUUUGGGCCCUUGGCAAAGCACUGUAAAAAAAAAAAAAAAUCUCAAGCUGUACUCGCGAAUGUGCGUGCUCACACCAUGAUUGCACGCUUGACUCGAAGUGGGCAGUGGCUUGCUCUUGGCACAACCCCGUGUGCGUUUGGCAUCAGUCGGCUUGAAUUAGCGACGCGAUCAACAUGGGUUCACCUUUGCUCGAUUGUUUGGACUCCGACAAUUGGGUCGAACUCUGAGGCUUUUUCUACCUUGAUUGUUUUGGUCGAAGUCAGAUUUGUACAACCCCUGAGUUCAAACCCCGAGAUUCCACUGUCACUGUGUGUGUGAUAUCUGCCAAAUGUUUACGUGUUUUUUUUUUUGUUGUUUUUUUUCAUUGCACUGCGGUGUCAAACUGGUACCACACCAGGGACGACAAAGCCAUCCCUCCUAUUUUAUUUUGUUUGCUCUAAUUGACGAAAUGAAUUUGUCUGAAAAGUUAUGUUUACAGGUGCAUCUCAAUAAAUUAGAAUAUGGAGAAAAAAAUAUAUAUAUUUUAGUAGUUCAAUCCAAAAUGUGAAAGUGGUUCAGAUUUAUUACACAAUUAAAAUAUAUAUAAUUAUUUGGGGGUAUGAUUAGUGCUUCAAACUAAUGAAAACCCCAUGCUCACCACCUAGAGAGAGGUACAGUAAUUCUAUUUGUUAUGAUGAAAAUCAAUCCCCUGGCCCCACGUAUCCACACAGAUACAUAAAUGCAUACAUGGACACACAGUUAAAUGAAUGACAAACUAAUAAUGCAAUGACGCCAUCAAGUGGAAAACGUUCGCUCAGGGAGCCGUCUGCGUCGAGAACAGACAGCGGCUGCGGGGUACCAGCAUGGAGCCCCGGGGGUAGUCGCGUAGGGAAUAGCCAAAAAUGGCGACUGUUGAGCCACGAGACAGGACCGUGGCCGUGAUUAAUUACAGCUCCGAGGAAACACUGAAAGACACUCCAAAUAAUCCUAAACGUAUAUUAAAAAGACCUGUAGGGAUUUUUAAUUAAACAAAAAAAUGUUAAAAGAAUGCAUUUCAAUGUAUAUUAGUUAAAAAGUUGGGUCUUGAGCCUUUUGUUAAACACAUUAAUAUUUGUUGCAUCCCUGAGUUGCUCUGCCAGACUCUUCCACAGACAGGGGACCAUAAAACUGGAAUGAUGCCUCGCCGUUAGUGUGUGUCCUGAUUUUUGGAAUCCCUAAAAGGCCGGAGGCUGUGGACCUCAGGGGCUACCAAGGGUUCGUAGGGCAAAAGCAGCGGCAAGACCAUUAAGGCACUUCAAAGCCAGCACAAGGGCCUUAAAAUCGAUCCUGCAACACACAAGGAGACAAUGCAGUGAGUUUAAAAUUGGUUUCAUUUGUGCCAGGAGAAAAAGUCAACUCAAGGUCCAAAAUAACAGCCCAGGUUUUUCACCAUUGAGAGAAAUUAUAAGGACAGCGCUUGUAGUUUCGUCAGAAGUUUCUCUUUGCCAGCCGAUGACUAAAACUUCAGUUUUGUCUGUUCUCUGCCGUCCCGGAUUUAAUCUAUAAAAUACAGUUUAGCUGUAGCUGUGGUUGCUCAUUCCAUGUUUCACUUUUUGAAAAGAAAUACUGAAAUGAACUUUUCUACCAUAUUCUAAAGUACUGAGAGGCCCGUGUAUAUUUAAGAUGCCUCAUAUAUACGCAGACUGUUGAGCUACAUUGUAGUUUCCUAGAUGGUUUUUACUUUAAAUUAAAAAAAAAAAAAACGUUUUGGGCUUUUUUAAAUCAAUCCACCGGUCCAACACUAUUAAAUACCUCAAGCAGCUUCUCAACUCUGGCGUGAAAAUGACAGACAACAACGAAUUACAAGCACGUUUUCAACUUUGUGGUUAAUGGUAUUGUGCACUGAUGAGGUUCACAGCUGCUGGUUGGAUGUACUCUGUAUAUUAUUAUAUUUCCAUUGUGUAAUUUUAUUGUCCCAAACAGCAUGGUCGACUUGUUCAAGAAUGCGUCAGGCCUUAUUGAGACGUUCUUUAGACGAGUAGUUUGCCAUUUAGUUUUGAUGCCUUUAUUAAUGUUAUUUGUUUGGGGACAAGCGUGUAAACAGAAGUUGUGCAAACACAGUCUGUUGUUAUUUCAUUAAGAAUAAAAGACUGGUAUAAUAACCUAUA